AUGAGUGCACGCGCUCGGUUUGGGUUUAACACUGUUUACCUGAGUGUUUUAUUUCUCUGCAGUGUUGACAGCUCUCCACCUGCAGAACCUCCUGAGUGUAGUCCUGGGGGUCAUGCAGUUCUGCAGAACCCACACCGAAGCAGGAGCUUUAACUCUCAGCAGCUGACAGCCUUGAAAGACAAACUCAUCUGUGACCACUUACUGCCACCUGGCUGGUACCAGUUCCAGAUCUUUGAUAAACCAGCCCAAAUGCCCACUAAGUGUGUGGAGGUGAAUCACUGUGGCACCCAGGUGCCAGUGUGGCUCUCUCUAGCAGAGGGAGAAACUCUUCCGCUCCCCCUGGAGAUUAAGCAGCUUACUGCUUGUGCUACUUGGCAGUUAUUUGGUGGACCCAGCAAGGAGUGCUGUCUUUUUCGGCUUCCUGUUUCCGUGCGUAACUGUGGACAGUUUUAUGUGUACCUGCUUCAGCCUACGCAGGGCUGUAUGGCCUACUGUGCUGAGGAAAUGACAGAAGUCCCACAGCCAAGUUGUGAAGGCCGAAACAGAGAUGAAAGUUGCAGCGAGAAGCAGCCUCCAUCUCCUUCAGUACCUCAGAUUGUGGCAGAGCAGUCAGGCACUGGUGUUUUUUUGAAGUGUGUCUUUGAUGGACAAAUUAUUAGCAGCUCUCUGGGUUUUGUGGUGACCUGGUGGCGACUUUCCCCAAAUGGAAAUAAAGAAGAGCUUAGUCAGGAAACUACCAUACAGACUUCAGCCAUUAUUGAGCUGGAUGGCAUUAACCUACGACUUGGAGACAGGAUCUUCUGCAGUUGCUCCAGUUUUUUUCUGGAUGCUCCAAACGAACAGAGUCAUGCAGUGGAGAGUAAAGAGUUCUUUGUAGGAAUUCGAAUGCAGCAUCAGGUUGCUUCUAUCUCGGAGGAUGGAAAGGAGUAUGAGCUGGUCCUAGAGAGCACUGUUCCUGUGCCCUGUCUUUCAAAGACAUGCACGCUUCCAUUACAGCUCAGCACCAGCAGCAAAGAUGAGGAGUUGCUGGGACCUGAUUUGGUUUUGUCGACCUGUGAGGUGGAGCUGACUUACUCUCCUUGUCAUAAUGGAGUGUGCAGUCGAACACUGCUUUACUACAGUGCAGUGACAGACAUUGCCAGAGAUGGAGACAGGAGCACUGAGAUUUCCAUAAAUCCUAUAGUCAGCAACAACUUCCUCUGGAAUGGAUAUGUACCUCAAAGUGUGCAGAUAAUUGUAAAGGACAUCCCACCUGCUUACUGUUAUGUUUUCACUGAUCCUCACAUUAUAACAUUUGAUGGCAGGCGAUAUGACAAUUUUCAGAUAGGCACCUUUGUGCUGUACAGGAGCACUGCUCGGCCGUUCGAGGUGCAUGUGCGCCAGUGGGAGUGUGCUGGCAUGACAGCCUACCCUACAUCUUGUGUGUGUGGCUUUGCAGCUAGUGAUGGGGCUGAGGUUAUCACAUUUGACAUGUGUAAUGGAUUGGCUGGAGAGACAAAGCCACAUUUCUCAGUGAAAAACAGAGAUCUGACAAAGAGCGGCAUUCACAUCACUGAGUCCUAUCAGGGUCGCAAAGUCACUCUGACAUUUUCAUCAGGUGCAUUUGUGCGAGCUGAUGUGGCUGAUUGGGGAAUGAGCCUAACAGUGAGGGCCCCUGGUUCUGAUCGGGGUCACACUGAGGGUCUGUGUGGAACUUUUGAUGGACAACCACUCAAUGACUACCACACAAAGGGAGGGGAGAUUCUAAAAAACAUCACUUCUUUUAUCAACACCUGGAGGCUGGCACCAAGGAGCAGCUUCUUUGAAAAAGUUCCCGCAUAUGAGAGCAUGUCAAGCAGUCGUCACUAUUGUCGUUGUGACAAGGAUCAAGGCCAGUCAAGUCAUAGAGCUCAACCUCACCUCUGCUCUCAUUCGGUCCGUCUCCGCUCUCCUGUCAUAGUUCCAGCAGUGGAUGUCACAUUGGAAUACAGAGAAUCAGCCCUCUCCCCAGGCAAUGCCAGCAAACAUGGCAGGACACAUGAACAGAAUAGUGGAGCCCAGAGACUUUAUAGGAAAAGUAACUUAAGUGUUCGAGGAAGGCGCCAAAAUCAUAAACAACCAGACUCCUAUCAGAGUCUUAUGAGACAGUCAGACUUCAAGAGCACCAACUAUUUCUUCCCUGAGGAUCAUAUUGCAUCUACCCAUCCUGAAUUACCAGACCCAACAUGGCCUACUGAGUCCGGCCUAACAGAAGCAGAUGCCCGGCGACUGUGCGAUGCCGCCUUGCGUAACUCAUCAGUAGCACUUAACUGUAUUGGCCUGCUGGAUGGAGUUAUGGAGCAGGCACUAGAGAUGUGUGUGGUUGACCAGCAGCUGAAGGAUGACAAGGCUUGGCUGGAAGCUACCAUACCCCUCCUAGAGAAUGAGUGUGAGAGACGGGCAGUGGAGGAGGGAGGCAAAAAAGAGAAACUUCAGGACGUGUUGGCUUUUCUAAGGUGCCCAAACUUUUGCAAUGGCAAUGGACAGUGCACCGAUCGUGGCUGCACAUGUUUUCCUGGGUUUGGUUCGUACGACUGCAGCCAGGUCUCUGAUCAGACACCAGAGAUUAUGGAACUGGAAGGUGGAGGACUCUGUGAUGUUAAACACAAACCAUGCUCCACUGUCCGGGUUGUUGGGCAAGGCUUUCAAAAUACUUUAGAAUUAAAAUGUGAAGUCAUGAAGGAGAAGAUAGCAGAGGGUGAGUCGACACUGGGUGAUUCUCUAAUGAUUACUGCAUUGUUUAUUAGCUCCUCCACUUUAGAGUGCAAACUUCCUGUUGAAGACAUUCAGUCUGCUGGUGCCCAUUACCCGCCUGUUACUCGCUGGCAAAUCAAAGUUUCCAACGAUGGCUAUAGCUUCAGCAAUGCCAAGAUACUUACACUGUAUGAUGGGACAUGUCAAGAGUGCAUACUCAACAGUGGAGUUCGUUGCACUUUAAAGAAGAGCAGCUGUAACAUUGAUGGCCAGUGUUACAGAGAAGGUGAACACAGUCCCAGCAGCCCAUGUCUCAUCUGUCAACCCAAUCUUUCCAAGCACACCUGGUCUGUCAGUGAGAAAAAUGAGCCCCCCAUCUUUCAUUCUGAUCAAUCCCACCUGUGGACGUUUCAUGGAGAAAACUUUGUCUACCAGUUUUUAGCAACUGACCCUGAAGGUUCUGCAGUCCUGUUUAAGCUGCUGUCAGGUCCCAGUGAUGCUGUUCUCUCUCCUGCUGGCCUGCUCAUCUGGAAAGCCCUGUCAUCCUCCUCUGUGACCUUUGAACUGGCUAUAAUGGAUGAAUGUAAUGCAGUGAAACGGGCUGUUGUAAAGGUCUCAGUUCGUGAGUGUGACUGCAGUCAUGGAGGCUCAUGUGUGACCAACAUGAACUUCCCCCCUGGCAGUGGCGAGUAUCUGUGUGUCUGCCCAGCUGGUCUGAAGGGAGAGAGAUGUGAAGUUAAUGUGGAUGACUGCAAAUCAAACCCAUGUCAAAGUGGUGAAUGUGUGGAUGGUCACAACUCUUUUACAUGCCUCUGCCCAGCAGGUCUUACUGGUGUGAUGUGUGAGGAGGACAUUGAUGAGUGUGUUUUAGCUCCGUGUUUUCCUGGAGUGUCUUGUAAAAACACACAUGGAUCAUUUGUGUGCGGACCCUGCCCUGACCAUCGCUCUGGGGAUGGGAAGAACUGUAGCCCAAGAGCCAGCGUGGAUGAAGAAGGUCAAAGAGUUAACUUGAAUAAAAGAUUCAAGCUGGUUCCGUCGCAGUCCAACAUAGGUCCUGUUACAACAGCUCAAAGCCCAUGUUUCAUUCGACCGUGUUACCCAGGAGUCCAGUGCUUUGAGAGUGUUUACACAUCUGCUGGAUACAUCUGUGGCCCCUGUCCUCCAGGUCUUACUGGAAAUGGCCAAACAUGCACCUCAAGAGCAGCAAACAGGCAAAAACCAGGCACUGGAGAAGGUUACAGACCUGAUGCCAUUACACCUGCAUCUUCCUCCACUUUAUCCUCCUCUCAUAAAUCUACCAAACCCUCUGUUGUACCUGAGAGUUCUCCAUCCAGCAAUAAGAGACAACCAGCUGCUGACAGAAAACCCUCCUCGAGCACAAAUUUGAGGAAUAUUAAUCAUGGCAAAACAUUUGGGUCUGGAGUCCAGCCACAAGGGAUAAACUCAGAGCCUGGGCUUGUUAAAGAUAAGAGGACGUGCGCUGAUUCUCCCUGUUUUCCUGGUGUGCCUUGUAAGGCUACUCCUGAUGGAUACUUCAAGUGUGACCAUUGUCCCAAUGGAUAUACAGGGGAUGGAAUUACCUGCACAGCUGUUUGUCGCUACCCGUGUGGUAAAAACAUGGAGUGCACUUCACCUAAUACAUGCACCUGUAAAGAAGGAUACACUGGAUAUAACUGCCACAUUGCUGUAUGUCGUCCUGACUGUAAGAACAGAGGAAAGUGUGUCAAGCCCUAUGUGUGUGAGUGUCCUGCAGGCUACAGUGGAAAAACUUGUGAGGACGCUACAUGUGAUCCUCCUUGUCAAAAUGGAGGUAGCUGUUUGUCUAGAAACUUGUGCACAUGCUCAUAUGGCUAUGUGGGGCCACAGUGUGAAAUCAUGGUAUGUAACAGACACUGUGAGAAUGGUGGGGAAUGCGUAUCCCCUGAUGUGUGUAAGUGCAAACCUGGCUGGUAUGGACCAACAUGUAACUCAGCUGAUUGUAAGCCUGUGUGUCUUAAUGGUGGCACCUGCAUUAAGCCCAACACCUGUGUAUGUCCCAGUGGCUUCUACGGAUUACAGUGCCAGAUAGCUGUGUGCAAUCCUUCCUGCAAAAACCGUGGACAGUGCAUGAGAAACAAUGUGUGCUCCUGUCCAGAAGGCUACACUGGCAAGAGAUGCCAAAAUAGUGUGUGUGAUCCUAUGUGCAUGAAUAAAGGAAAGUGUGUGAGUCCAAACACCUGUUCCUGUGCCUCUGGCUGGCGGGGGAAGAUCUGUGAUAUCCCGGUAUGCUUACAGAAGUGUAAGAAUGGAGGGGAGUGUGUGGGUCCCAACACCUGCCACUGUCCUGCUGGAUGGGAAGGAUCACAGUGCCAGAUUCCAAUCUGCAAGCAAAAAUGCUACAAUGGAGGAAGGUGUGUGCUUCCCAACUUCUGUCAGUGUCUCCAGGGGUACAGCGGGGCCACCUGCUCCACCAGAACUAGAUGAAGACAGAAGAAAUGGAACCCAGAAACACAAGGAGAUGGUUUAAUAGACUCAGUCUGCACCUACCUCACACAAAGUACAGACAACAAAGUAGUAAAGUAGUGUGCAUGUAGAUGCAUUUACCUGCAAAUUAGUAUUAAUGUGUCUGGGACAAUA